UUGAUUUCUUUUAGAGACUAUUUUUUGAUCAGGACCUUUAUUUGGUAUAUUUUAAGUGAAUCAAUACAUCUUCGGCCAAUUCCGACUGCCAGCGGCAGUACUAGCAGCAUUACCAGCAUACGAAGGCAUUCCCGGAUCGGACCAGUAGAAUGAGCAGGAGAUGGACCGGCACACUGGCGAUUGUGGCGGCUCUGCUCGUAACCCUGUUCGUGACUGCCACCUUGGCCCGACGGCAUCAUCUGGAAGUGCGGGAUGAUUUCCGCCGAUACAUUCUACUCAGCACGUUCGGUUUCUACUCCGGCGGGGUGCUAGAUGUGCAGAUAUCCCAUUUCCGUGUCGAUCCCGGUACGGAGGAUAACGUGUUCGGUCUCUCACUCGACAAAACGAUGUCGGACGCAAUGAACCCGUACCUGGAUUCACACCAGGACAAAUGCAUCCUCACCGAACCGGCUACGGUGGAGAACCACGGUCCGAUCGUGUUUUUCAAGAUGGACCUGAAGCAGAAUGUAGUGCAUGUGAGCUGCUCGAAGGAUUGGGUUAACAUUCACCUGUACAAAGAUCGAAGCGGCGUACCGGCUCUUCGCUCCAAGCGGCAGUCUUUCGCGCGAGUUAGCGACUCAAAAAUGGUUUACAUGCAACGUCGACGCCGAGCUGCCGUUCACCCUGAGCCUGCUGGUGGUGACGAUAACAGUGCGGCCAUCGUCUGCAGUAAGCUAACACUGCCACUCGAGGUCAAGACGGACGACAUGUUCAAGUACUACAGCUUCAACUUCGCCCUCUACGUGGCCACUAAGCAGGAGGAAGGGCUGUAUAACCUGUUCUUCCACAGCUGCUCGAACUAUUCCCCAAACAGCUUGUACGAGCUGAACUUCAACGUCGACAUCGAAGAGAAAAACAGCGGGAACUAUCUGUCGGCGGGUGAAAUGCCACUGCCAGCGCUCUACUUUAUGAUGUCGCUUCUGUUUUUCCUGUCCGGUCUGUUUUGGGUGUUCAUCCUCUGCAAGAGCAAACACCCGCUGUUCAAGAUACACUAUCUGAUGGGUGUGCUCGUGUUUCUCAAGUCGUUGUCGCUCAUGUUCCACGCCAUCAACUACCACUUCAUCGAGGUGCAGGGCGAGCAUGUAGAAGCGUGGGCUAUCCUGUACUACAUUACACACCUGCUAAAAGGAGCUGUGCUAAUCAUCACGAUCGUCUUGAUUGGCACCGGGUGGACGUUCAUUAAGCACAUCCUUGCCGAUAAAGACAAGAAGCUGUUCAUGAUCGUCAUCCCGCUGCAGGUGCUGGCGAAUGUCGCUGAGAUUAUCAUCGCCGAGAGCGACGAAGGCGAUAAAGAGUACAGCACGUGGCGCGACAUAGUCAUGCUAGUCGAUCUUCUGUGCUGUGGCGCGAUCCUGUUCCCCGUUGUGUGGUCAAUCCGGCACCUGCAGGAAGCCGCCGGUACGGAUGGCAAGGCAGCGAUCAACCUGCGUAAGCUUAAACUCUUCCGGCAGUUUUACAUCAUGAUCGUGUGCUACAUUUACUUCACGCGCAUCAUCGUCAUCCUGCUCAAGAUAACCGUCGCGUUUAAGUACGCUUGGUUGGAUGAAAUGUUCAAGCAGAUGGCCACGUACGUGUUCUUUGUGCUGACUGGGUACAAGUUCAGACCCGUUUCGCAGCAUCCGUACUUUUCCCUACACGGCGAAGAGCUCGAGGACGACGACGAGGACGGUGAAGUCGCAUUCUUUACGCAAUCGGGACUGAGUGACGGUGUCAGCAAAAUCACGAACCGUUCCCAUCCGUCGUCACUGGCGGCCUCCGCAACGAUGGUCGAAACCCACGAGGAAGAACGGGAAACUUUAAUAAGCAAGCGCGAAUCAUCCCACGAGUACGACUAAAACCGGCGCCGUGUGUCGAGCGAGCUGCACACACCCGGCGGGGGCUUUGGCAGCUGUCUAUCAACUCAUUCUGGAUAUUCAUCGUCACAUCCGCUCGUCAUGGAAUCCUGUCGUUUCGUAGAAAUGAUCUUGAACACCGAUUCCGGGCUAGGGUGGCAUUUUGGUGACGAUACACGUUCCGCUAGGCGACAUUCAAGCUCGGGUGACUCGUCUGCAACGCCCCGAAAUUCCAUUUUGCUUCGCAUUUUUUUAUAUAUAAACUAAUGCCUAAAACUAAUACAGUACACGAUAAACCGACAUACAGAGCGCACGCUGGCGCUAUAGGGCGGCUUCUUUGGAAGAGAGUUUAAGUGGACAUUACCAAAUACCAACCAAGCCAAACCUCACUGGUACAAGACAGGUCCGCGUUUGGAGAUGGUGUGAUAGUGACCGAAUGUUAGCGAUUCUUACGCGAUGGCGACUAGAAAUGGCUCAUUUUGCAAUGGCGACAUCCAAAGCAUUCGUUCGUUGGAGCCGAAGAGAGAAAGAGAGAAAUAGGGAGAGAACGGUGGUACUAUCCUCGCCUCCGUUCCAUCUCGCCCAUCCCUAUGCGGUAUCCGGACGCGGCCGGAGAGAUGUGGUUUAGUUUAAAAUUUAGAAGACACUCGCUUAUGCUCCUCCGUGAAAGAAUCCACGCUGUGAUUUCGCCGGCUCCGGCACCAUCGUUGUCGGGGUUAUGGUAGAGGUAGAAUGCGAAGAAUGGAUUAUGAGUUUUAAAGGACCACGAUAAAUGAUCAAGAUUUAAAUUUAAACAAACACCCACACACACACACACUCUGGCAAGUAAAAAGAGAAUGCGUUAAUCCGAUUGCGGAUCGAUUAGCAACCGGAAUGACAGAUUUAAAGAAUAAUUAGAAUAACAUAUGUAGAUGUAAAACUAAA